GUUUGACCGAUUUUUGAUAUCGUGUUUUAUUUACAAAUGGCUUUGCAUCAUAUGUGUCUAAUAAACGAUCAUUAAAUUGUUUUACUGUCAAAAUAACAAUAAUUUAACGAUAAAUAGAUCAUUUUUUCCAUGUUCGGAGAUAUUUCAUCAACUUUCCUUUUGGAUUUUAUUAUUUAAAAACAGUUUAAUGGACUGAUGCUAAUUUAAAAGAGAAAAGUGGGAAGUUUCUGAAUCACACAAAUGAAUUUAAAUAGAGGAUAUACACUUAGUGUUUAAGAGCUGUAACAGAUGAUCCGUCAAGAUUUUUCGUGAGCAUUUAAUCAAAAUGAAACUGGAUAUAAUACUGAUUACAGUUUUUCUGAAACUCUUACCAAUCUAUUGCACUCCUACGGAGCCUGUAAUAUAUGGCAUUCUCCCAGAUAUCUAUAACUCAAUCACUGAUAAUAUCAUUGUACUUCCUUCAAAUAAACCUGUUCACCUUAGUAUGUUUGGCUUGAAAAUGGAUUAUAUUAGUCAUAUUGCCUUUGCUUCAAUUAAAAAACCACGUAAUUCUUCAUGUGAACACGAACGUGUAACUAGUUCAUUCGAUGCUUUGCCAGAAAAUUCUUUUGUCAGUACCAGUGUAAUUAGUCUACGCGAGUUGUCCACUAAUGAAGUCGCUUUUUUUCUAUGCAUUCGUGUCACCCCUACUUCAUUACCGAAAACUGACUCUAUUCCAAAUCAUACCAAUAUUGAUGGUAAAUGGAUUUUUGCUGGCGACGGUGGUGGUACUGACAGUGUAUCGGAUUAUCGUUUAUCAUUUCGAACUACAACUACUCUCAUGCCUUUAUGGGUUCAAAUAAUUUUAAUUAUAUUAUUAUUUUUUCUUUCGGGCUUAUUCAGUGGUUUAAACUUAGGUUUAAUGUCUCUGGAUAAAACUGAAUUGAAAAUUAUUGAAAGCGCUGGUUCACAUAAUGAGAAAAGUUAUGCAAAAGCUAUUCGCCCUGUACGAGAAAAAGGAAAUUUAUUAUUAUGUACACUUUUAUUAGGUAAUGUUCUUGUUAAUACUUCAUUAACAAUUCUAAUGGAUGAUUUAACUGGUAAUGGUUUAUUUGCUGUAAUUGGAUCUACAAUUGGUAUUACAUUGCUUGGUGAAAUUAUGCCGCAAGCUGUAUGCUCACGUAAUGGAUUAGCUAUCGGUGCUAAAACACUUUGGUUAACAAAAUUGUUCAUGUUACUGACAUUUCCUAUUGCAUUCCCUAUAAGUUUUUUAUUGGAUAAAAUAUUGGGUGAAGAAAUCGGUCAAGUAUAUAGUAGAGAAAAACUUGGAGUUCUUAUACGUGAACAAGCAUUAGCUGGAACGGUAGCAACAGAUGAAAUGAAUAUUAUUACUGGUGCAUUAGCUUUAACUACUAAAACUGUAGCUGAUGUAAUGACACCAUUAUCUGAUGCAUUCAUGUUAUCUUAUUCAGCUAAUUUAGAUUUUCAUACAAUGAAUGAAAUUUUCUCAAAUGGUUAUACACGUAUACCAGUUUAUGAAAAUGAUCGACAAAAUAUUCGAUCUGUAUUAAAUGUAAAAGAUUUAGCUUUUAUUAAUACAGAUGACAAAGUUCCAGUAUCAACUGUUUGUGAUUUUUAUAAUCGUUCAAUUAUCAUUGUAUUGGAUACAACUAAUUUAGGAAUGAUGUUAAAAGAAUUUCGUCAAGGAAGAGCUCAUAUGGCAUUUGUUGAACGUUUAGUAACAGAAGGUGACUGUGAUCCAUAUCGUGAAAUGAUUGGUCUAGUUACACUCGAAGAUGUAAUUGAAGAAAUUAUUCAAGCUGAAAUAGUUGAUGAAACAGAUAUUUUAACUGACAAUGUACAUCAUCAAGUGAGACAAGUGCGUAAAAGAGAUUUUCGAAUGUUCGGUUUACACGAUUCUCAGGGUAAAUCAAGAUUAUCACCACAAUUGAAAAUUGCAGCUUUACGGCAUUUAGCCUCAGAAGUUAAAUCAUUUGAAGAGAAGUAUAUUUGUUAUUCUGUACUACAAAGUUUCCUCAAUGCAAAUAUUGUUGGUGAAUGUAUAUACAAUCCAAAAGAUGAUGAAGCAAAUACUUUGUAUCAUAUGGGUCAAUGGUCAAAUUAUGCUAUUCUUUUACUGCAAGGACGUGCUAUUGUUCAAAUUGGUGUUGAAGGAUUAAUUUUUGAAGCUGGACCGUUUAUUAUGUUUGGUGAAGCUGUUUUAAAACGUGUCAAUGAAUUAUUUCCAAAUCCUUCUGAAAAUAUGGAUCCAUCUAUUCAAUCAGCACGUUUAGCAUCGGAAGCUCGAUUUCUACCUGAUUAUACUUUAAAAGCUUCUUCUAAUUUACAAUAUUUAAAAAUAUCAGCAGAACAUUAUCUGUUAGCUAGACGAUUAACUGUAUUACAUCAACGGGCUAGUUUACCUCUUGAUGUUACCGGUAAAUAUCCUAUAAAUUUAUCAGAAAAAUUCCAUGAAAUUAAAUCAUCAAAUAGUUGUAUUGAUUCGUUGCAUUCAUCUAUGUUUUAUGAUGGUCAUGAUAUGUUUCAGAAUGCAUGGAAUCAUCAUAUGGAUCGUUUACAAAAAUCAUCAUUGGCCGAAGCUUAUGCUUCUACAAUUAACAAUCAUAACAAUAAUCAUGUUGGUGUUAAGCCAAUAUCAUCUUCACCAUCUUCAGAUUCUACAAUAAAGGCUACGACAACAUACUCUACUAGUACAACUAAUACUACUAAUAGUACUACUCCGGACAUAUCAACUGUAAUUAAUACGACGAGUCGUAAAACAAUAAAUAAUGAUAAUAAUGUAGAAAAUGCUAUUCCAGAUAGUACUACUUAUAUAGUUAGUACAGCGUCUUAUAUUGAACCACAUACUACAGUUAAUGAUAGUAGAGGCAGAAGUGGUAGUAAAAAUAAUAAUAAGACUGAUAGAAACAAUCCUCAUCAUCAUAACAACGGUACAACAGGUAAUCAUACUAAUGACAGUUGUAACAAUACUACUAUUUCUACUACUACUACUAAUACUCCCAGUAACAGUAAUAACAAUAAACCUCCAACAAAACUGUAUGUCUCUUAUGAAGAUUUAAAUAAAGCUAAACCUGAAGAGUUACAAGCAUUUGUUCCAUCUAUUUUAAUUAAUACUAAUAUGAAUAAACCUCUUCCUAAGUUUAAUGAUGGUGGAGGUGGACGUGUAUGACCUAUAGCUAUCCUCCAUCCUCCUACCGAAACACUAUUUAGUUAUUCAUUGAUUUACAUCUGUUGUCAAAUAUUUCAUCUUGAUUUGCCUUGAUUUAUGAUUAUUUAUAGUAUUUCUCUAGUCUUCAUAUUUAAGCUACUCAAUUAAAAUCUGAACCUUUUUUAUUGCUUCCUUUCAAUAGUAAUUACAUUAGGGAUCAUUUCUUACUUCGUUUUAUAUUUUUCACUCUCUUUCUCUCUUAAUGAUUAUUCUUCGUUUUAUUGAUUGUGAUUCCUAUGAAACGAAGCUCAUUGCUAUGGGUGCAAUUUCUCAGAUGUUGCUCAUUGUUUUACUGUUGUUUUUUUCAUAACACUUUUUUUUAUAAUUCUAUAAAAUAAUACUAUUAACACUACUGAAAUAAAACAAAGCAUUAACAAGGUUGUUGUUCCACAGAUAUUAUCUGCAUUCAUUCAUUCUAUAAACAAUUGUAAUGUAAACACACAUAUAUACGCACAAAUUGUACUUUGUUAUGAUUACAAUCCAUACAGACAAUUAUAUAUUCUUUCCCUUUCUCUAACUAACGUCUUGUUAGUGUUAUCGUUGUUGUUCUCUUUCUAUUCUCAAUUUUUCCACAAUUUUUCUUCUCUUAAAUAGUGCAUAAUCUAUAUUUACGUAUAGAUUAUGUUCUGUCAACUUUUCAUAUUCACUCUAUGCUUUUCUGUUAGUACUUUCUGUUAUGUUUAUUCUUUGUUUUCAUGAAUUUAACUUCAUAGUUCACUUUUCAUUUUCUCACUGAAUAAAGUAGUGGGGUAGUUUGUUUUUUUUUUGUAUUUAUUUUCUCUCACAUAUACACACAUACACACACGCACGCAAUCACUUUCCACCCUCUCGCAUUUUUCUCUCUGAUUGUUUUCUUAUAUUUUUGUUCUACUUUCACAUGCAUUUUCUGUGUAGUGGAAUUGUUCCUGUCAAUGUGCCUAAUAAUUAAUAAUAACAAUAAUUUUUUUAAAAAAUAAAUAGGACAUCCAAUGUAAAUCAAUUAACUUUUGACUUCCUUUUCAUUGUGUGUUGUCUUUUCCUUCUCUACACUUUUAACAUUGUUUGUUGUUCACUUCUGUUUCUUGUUUAUGAUUAGAUUCUUUUUUUUUUUUUAGAAAAAAACUUCUUUAUCUUUUCUAUUUCUUGAUUGUUUAUUUUUUUUCUUCAUUUUCUUCAUGCUUUACAGAUUAAAUGAUGAUUUGAAUCAUUCAUCUAUCAGGCAAUAUGAAAAUAGGUGUGCUUUUUUCUCUUUUGUUUUUCGAACUAUUUUUCUUGAAAAUUUACUUUAUUAUUAUCAUUAUUAUUCUUAUUAUUACUUAAUAUAAUUAAACGAAUAUUUCUGAGGAGGAAUAAGUUUGAUAGACAAAAGAAAGAGAAGAAUCAAAUAGAGUUAUAAUUGUACAUAUUGUAAUACGUUAUAUAUAUAAUUAGUUAAUUUGAUAAUAAUAAUAAUAAUAUACUCGACUAUCAUUGUAAAUGUUGAACAGUGUGUUUAUGAUUAGAAUAAGCCGUUAGACAAGCGGUUUAAUAAAUAUAUAUUAAUAUCAGAAGGUGUUUUUGUGGAUAUUAUAGUAAUUUCAACAGUUGAGAUUAUGAGUCUAGCUUCAACUGAUCAAUAAUUGCAAAGUUCAUGCGAAAUCCGUGACCAGUGGAGUUCAAUCAGAGCUUUUGUGGGAGAGUAGCUCACUGAAGACAAUGGUGGAUGUGUCGCUCAAUUUUGUGGAUUAGUUGGAGUUAGACAUUAACACCACCGGAUGCCGGCUCAGUGAUCUAAAGGUCAAGCGUUCGUGCGCGAGACUGAUAGGUUCUGGGUUCAAACCUAACGAGGCGGUAUCUUGGAUGCGCACUGCUGAGGAGUCUCACAGUAGAACGAAACGACCGUCCAGUGAUUCCAGGUUUUCCAUGAUGGUCUAGCUUCAAUUGACUCAUGAUCUCGACUAUUGAAAUAUGUGUUAACCAGUCACUUUUGUAUUAACCAAUAUUAUCUAUCUCUUGUCUUUGAUAUUUUAUAGUUUACAGAUAAAAUGAUCAUGUUGCUAAUCGAUCUAUUUACUUCUGUCGAGUACAUGAAUUGUAUUUUAAUAUUUAAGGUGUAGAGAACAAUUGGUUGAUAGUGUUCAAAUAAGAGUUUUGUGUUGUUGAUAUUCAUCGUAAAAGCCG